GUUUCCGUACUUCCCCCGUUCCUUCUCUGCUCUCCGAUCUCCUCCCCUGUUUUCACUGCCUACCUACUGAAUUUCGAAAACCUAGCGGAGAACCGCUACUGAACGGCGUCGUAAUGGAAGCUCAUGGCGCCGGAUUCCGGCGAGUGUUUCUUUUGGCAUUCUGCGUCGUCGGUAUCUGGUCUGCCUACAUUUAUCAAGGCGUUCUUCAAGAAACUCUGUCAACCAAGCGAUUUGGUCUAGAUGGGAAGAGGUUUGAGCACCUUGCAUUUCUUAACUUGGCGCAAAAUGUGGUUUGUUUAGUUUGGUCUUAUAUAAUGAUAAAGCUUUGGUCUAGUAGUAGCAGUGGUGGAGCUCCUUGGUGGACUUUCUGGAGUGCUGGCAUCACAAACACAAUUGGUCCAGCAAUGGGUAUAGAGGCAUUGAAAUACAUAAGCUACCCAGCUCAGGUCCUGGCAAAAUCCUCAAAAAUGAUUCCAGGUGAGAUAUUCUUUAAGGACUGUGUUGUAAUGUUGCAAUGAGAAUGCGGAGUUUUUUAUGUCAUCAUGGUUUAACGGAGCCCUUUUGAGUUUCUAACCCUUAGGUCUUAAUUUCCUUUUUUGUUUUUCUACUUGUUGAUAAUUGUAUAUUGCAAGGUGAUUAAACCAGCUGUCAUUGUAAUCUAUUGAACCAGCCUAAGGCUAGUAAAUUUGUAGCCCAAACACAGUGGGUGAUUCUAUUUUUGUUUUCAUACACUGGGCAAUAGGUCAUGCCAAUGUUUCAUUAUUGAAUGGAGAUGGAUGUAGUUUAAGUUUUCAAUUAAGAGUUUCCUCUAAUGUGUCGUCAGUGAUAAGUAAUGUUAAUUUCCUGUAUUCAGUCAUGCUAAUGGGCACUCUGGUUUAUGGCAUACGAUACACUUUUCCUGAGUAUCUUUGUUCUUUCCUCGUUGCUGGUGGAGUAUCUACAUUUGCACUUUUGAAGACUAGCUCAAAAACAAUAAGCAAGUUGGCGCAUCCAAAUGCCCCUCUUGGAUAUGGGCUUUGUUUCUUGAACCUUGCAUUCGAUGGAUUUACAAAUGCCACUCAGGAUUCAAUUAACACAAGGUAUGUGU